AUGCAGUCGAUGCAGAGGCAGUUCGGCAAGCUUAUGCGCAAAGCUCCUGGAGACAAUGCGAAAGUCUCUGUCGUGCUGAAUGACUACGAGGACGCAGACAAGGUGCUUGCUAAGCUUAUAGAGAAUGCGAAGUCUUGGCACGAGUCCUGGGUGGCCCUCACCAACUCGCAGCUGGGCAUCGUGACCGAGUACGAAGGCCUCUACGACCCGAUCGAGGGCACCGGCCGGACCAAUGCGAGAACGGCAGCCACGACCCCCGAGCUGCAGCUCAAUCGAACAUUCGCCUUGAAGGCGGCCUACACAGACUUCCGGACCGAUCUUUUUGAGGAGAUCGGCCAGAUAGAAUCCAACAUUAUCAAGCCCGCAUCGGACGCCAGGGAUUGUCUUGCGCCGCUGCGAAAGACUAUCAAGAAAAGAGAGAACCGGAGGCUGGACUACGAUAAGGCGCAGGAAAAGGCCGUGAAGCUACAAAGGAAACCCGGAAAAUCGCCAAAGGAAGAAGCUGCACUAGCCAAGGCGGAAGAGGAAGUGGCCAGAGCUGCAGAUGAAUUCCAAGUUGUGGACGACCAUGUCAGGGAGACACUCCCCCCUAUCGUCAAUGCUGCCUUCAGCAUGGUGCCUCCUCUGGUGGCCGCCAUUGUACUAAUACAGAAUCGCCUGUUGGGCCUAUAUUAUACUGUCUUGCACGGCUACUGUGAGGCGCACAAUUUCCAGUCACCGCCACCUCCGAUGGAGGAUGUCAUUGCAGCAUGGCAAGCGAACUUUGGCCCCGCCAGGAGGGACGUGGAAUCUAUCAGCUGCGUGGCCCAUGGAAGGGCCGCGCGUCAGCCGAUGCACGUCAACGUAGAGGCACAGAUCAACGAGGCAAACGCCAGGAAGCCCUCCAACAGCUCCAUGAGCAGCUUCCGUCGCACCUCGUCAAUGGGUGUUACCAACGGGGAGGAGCAGCCCCCCGGUCCCAUGCCUCCGCGCCCGAACAGAAUCCCAUCGGCUCCUAUCGGGACCCCGGGCCCGCGCCCGACAUUCAACAACACGAACCUCGGUGUGCCUACCGAGUUCACCACCGCCUCGGGUUAUGGCCAGUCUCCUGGGACGUCACCAAGAUCUCUGGCGCCUCGUUCCGAUUACUUCGGGCCAGGGCCCAAUCGCCCGCCAAGCGCUGCGUCGACCGCCGCAUCGAGCGUGUCCACAGCCAGUGCCAACCCCGCGGCGUUCAAGAAGAAACCGCCGCCGCCGCCCCCGAAGCGCAUCAACUCCGGCAAGCCAGACGAGUUCGUCGUGGCGUUGUAUGCGUUCGCGGGCCAGAGCGCUGGCGACCUGUCAUUCCAGGAGGGCGACCGCAUCAAGGUGGUCAAGAAGACGGGCACAGAUCAGGACUGGUGGGUUGGCGAGGUGAGAGGUGUCAAGGGGAACUUCCCGGCCAACUAUUGCAGGGCCGCGUGA